AUGUGGAAAGUUCUUACUAGUUCUCACGAGAUAACAAAUGAGCCAUAUGUGAGUUCAAACUACGAAAAUACUGCCAAAACUGUGAUAGCUGAUUUAACAACAAACUAUGAUACUGAGACGAACACCUCACUUGCUGGGAAAAUCAAGAAUUUGACGGUCGAGGAAUCUAUCAAAGAAUUAAAAGAGACGAGGGAAAAUGAAACCACAAAGAAAAGCACGGAAUACUGGAAGAACGUUUUUAAAAAGUGGGCGAAUGAAGACUUCCAAGCAAAUUUAGAAGAGUACGAGAGCGAUGUACUCGAGCAAACACUGCCGCAGUUUUAUGCCGAGUUACGAAAAGACAACGGGGAUGACUACCAGCCUGAUUGCCUGAAAGUAAUGCGGGUAUCUUUGAAGAGAUAUCUAGAAUCAAAAGCAUAUCGAAAGUCUAUCAUCCGAGACAGGGAGUUUCUUAACUCCAGAAAAGCCCUCGAAGGGAAGGUCAGGAAACUGCGAGAGCAGGGCAAAGGAAAGCGACCAAACCGAUCCAGAAGUUUGACAAAAGAAGAGAAAGAAGUCCUUUGGCAGAACAGUCAGCUUGGAGCGAGCACUCCACGAGCUCUACUUAACACCAUGUGGUGGCUGCACACUCAGCACUUUGGCCUACGAGGGCGACAAGAACAAAACCAAAUGAAAGUUGAAUAUUUCACUCUACAACGCGACGACGACGGACACGAAUUUCUCACUUUUGCCGAAGGUCCAACUAAGAGGACACAGGGAGGACUUAGCGUGAAAACCAGACUAGUUACCUCCAAAAUGUUUGCCAGAGGGAAUAAGGAAAGGUGCCCCGUCAUCUUGUUUAACCUAUACCUGGAGAAGAGACCAAACAACGUGAGGAAAAGCGGUCCGUUUCACCUCACUGUCAUUGUCAAGCCAUGCAGUUUCAAGGGUUUGGUACAAGAAAAUCCCAAUGGGAAAGAACGUCUUAAACACAAUCAUGAAAAACAUGAAAGAAAACUCACCGCUGAAGGAUCUGUGUCCCGAGAAGAAUUUGACCAACCGUAG